GUUCCGGACUUCAUCCACAAACAUCGAACCAUCACAUCAUCAAAUCAAUCCAAACGCGCGGGGAUUAUGUAAAAGAGCCUCAGAAUCGCCAAUUGGGCUCUUACAAUCCCCGACGAUAUGCCUAAGUUAUGUAUUCGCUAUUCUCGAGGGCUACACAAGCUCAGUCUUCGUGUCGAUGUCGAAUAUGCCUCCAACCCGGUCGCUCCAUUUUGCGACGAACCACCACCGCGGCUCCUCGACGGAAAGUUACGGCUGCUGACCUAUUCACCGCGUGUUACAGUACCAUACUUGGUACUGCUGUUGUAAUUGACACACAUAUGAAAGAGAUUAGGAAAAGAGAGCUUGACGAGAAAUUGGAAAGGGCCAGAGCCGCGGUAGAGAAAUUGGGUAUCCAAGACUCGUCUACUGGCCAAAUUGAAGAGGACUAUGAUCUCGACUUGAGCUCUUCGAAUGCCCCGCACGGUCGACGUUAUGACCGAAGACGAAAAGAACCAAAGCCCGAAAGUGCGACAAGUAUCCUUUUACAAGAAUUGGCAGUCUUAUGUGAAACCAAUCGCCGGCCACUCCCACGCUCAUCAUGGAUACAAAACCAGUUAGAUUGGGUAAAUAUCGAAUCUGCUAUCGUUGCGGAGGAACGGGAUCCGUAUAAUCAACUUAGGGAACCAAGGAACGUACAACAGUUCGAAAAAACCAUCUCGGCAACUGUCGAUCUGGUACAUCAACUCGUACUGACCGGCAAACUUUUCGAAAACGUCCAAAAUCUAGAUGGCGACGGAACGCAAGGAGACUAUACCAGGACAGAAGAUAGAUUGGAAGAGUUGAAAUACAUAUUACAAAGCCCGUAUUACCCAAGUUAUUAUCAUCCCUCAACAAAUCCGGAGGACACCACAAGUACUCGAUCCCUUCUUGGGGAAUCAAUACGGCAUAUUUUCAAUCAGGCCGGGAGUUACAAAGACGUUGUAGCUAAAAUAUGCUACAAUAUACUGACAUCCACUGCGACUCCGUCCGUUCACACAUAUAAUACUCUCAUUGCUGGCUUCAACCGGAUUCAACGUCCUGAUCUCGCGCAGACUGUCAUUGAUUCCUAUCUUCACAGGACGGGCUGGCCUGCCACCGAACAGACGAUUGUAUGUUUACUUACCCACUACCGUGAAUCUAAAGGAGUAGAUGGAUUCCGGGACAUCAUCAAGAGAAUGAGGGGAGUUAGAGACCGUGGUCUAAAUCUCCGCAUUGUCGACAAGGGGCUCAUCUAUACAGAAAACUGGUUAGCAUGGGCCACAGAGAGUUGCGCUUCGCGGAAAAGUGCAUUUGUAGAACGCGCACGACGAAGCGACGAUGUUUUCAACUGCAUGGUGAAGGGGUGGUUAUACUGCGGACAGCUGGGGAAUGCCUGCACGGCGUUCGUAGCUUGCCUACGUGACCAAAGCUCCGUUCCAAUUCAAACCAUGCAAGAACUUUUCACAACUUGUCUAAACAUGACCGAUUACCAGGCAGCGCGGAAGCUAGUCAGGGGAUUCGUCAAGAACUUCAAAAUGUUCAUGGCUCUAGUCGAUAGAGUGGUUGGCCAAGAGUCAAUAGCGACAUCUCGCCAAUUUCUGAUGAGUAUCUCUCACUUGGUGGACCUCUCUUGGUUUCCAUUCGAAGAGACUUUCGCGGCAUUCACAAAGACCCGUCCUGGAGCCUUACAAACAUUCAAGUUCUAUAUUGACGAGGCGUGUUUCGAGCUUGAGCUACGAGAAGGAGAAAAUUCUUUUAUGGGCGUGAUCGAGGCACUCUACUCGGAUGGUCCACUGAUAAAUCGACUUCAAGGAGCCAUCGAUAUCCUAGAUUCUGCUCGGUGGGGCAGGCAAAAUGUCACGAAAAUUCUUGAUGGUCUCAACAGGACAGGAAAAAUCCUUGCGGUAGCCAGGAAUUCCUGUCAAGUUGAAGAGGAAAUCAAACAAUUGACCCCUUCAAUCAAGGUUACUGCCCUGAAAAUGAAAACAGGCUACGAUCUCGAUCCAUCGGGCCUGCUUACUUCUAAAUCACCGAUGAAUCGCUGUCAACGAGAUCGCUAUGAUUCUCUUUUAAAUGCUCUAGAGAAAAUACAGAUUUGCCAAGGUCCGAUGACACAGGAGGAUAUCAAAUUACAGCUUAUUCGGCAUCUACAAGAUGCUGUACUAGCAAGGAGUUUUGAAAACUCCGGUAAUCUAGAAAACCUAUCAUUGCGAGCGUUGAUAUCAUUAUACUCACCCAAACAACGCAUGAAAAACAAAUAUGAAAAUAUCGCGAAACUCAAGGGUUGGAAGUUAGUAUCGCGGGGACUCAAUGUUGCGGAAGACGUGAUCAAGGCGACUCUUUUCGCACACCUCGGUGGCUAUACGCAGUCGAGUCUUAGGUUCCAAUACCCCGAUUGGUACAGCAUGCCCCUGGAGAAGCUUGUCCGAUGUCACCUACGGAGACGUCUUCCUAAGCCCUCCGUAGCCAUAGAUAUCGAACAAACGGAUGCCGAAUCGCAUUGCGAAGAAGCUCUAUCAACAAUCGUGCCACCAACGACGCGGAGUGACGGAAAUGAAGCAAACAAUCCCCCCCCGAGAAGACGUGAGUUACGCCGGUUAGAGAUGGAGAGGAGAUUACGGUUAGGUCUACCAAUCCGUAAAAAUCAUUCAGCGGAUCCGUCAUUGUUGCGCGAUGAGAAUACCCCUCUGACCCUCCCGGCAUGGGGAUGAAGAUACGAAUGAAGAGUGGGAGAGCCAAUGAAGCUGUCCCGAUUGAAUAGAAGAAAAUGGCCUCAAUUGGACCCGGAGCAAUUCGGCAUGAAGACCUACGAGUCUUUGUAUAUAGACACGACGUGUACCUACAUGUACAUACAUACCUACAUUAGACUACCUACAUUGUAUAUGUAUAACCGUCUAUGAACCGAUUUGGAGAUAUAUGAUAGCAUAUUACAUGCGUAUCUAUCCACGCAUGAUAUUUAUUAUCAAGAAAUAUAACACAUGUUAAAAAUUCAUGCAGGUCUGCGGGAUUAUCUUUUGAAAUCGAGCUGUUUGUUC